CCUGGCCAAGGCAGGGUGCCAGAUUGUGAGCCGCUUGUCGACGCAUGAUGGAGCCGCAGCGUCGCCGCCACUCGGUGGACAUGGAGCAAGACAGAGAGGACAUGGAGAUCGAGAUGGCCGAGCUUGGCCUCUCGGGUGCGCCCAACCAGCACUCGACCGGCGUCCGCGUGGACAUGGAGCUCCGGCGGCGCCUCGAGCGCGACCUCGUGCUCAAGCACGACUCGACGACGCUCAAGUACAAGGAGGCGUGGUUCUUCAUUGAGACGUCGUGGAUGGAGAUGUGGAUGAACUUUGUCUUGCACGACGGGCCGCUGCCAGGUCCGAUCUCCAACCAGUCGUUCUACUCGACGUCCAACGACUUUCGCAAGGACCUCCAAGUGACCAAGCACUACCGCUGCGUCAACCCGCGCGUGUAUGCGAUCUACGCCGAGCUCUACGGCACAGGCGGCGCGGUGCCCAUCGCCCGCUACACGCUCGAUCUGUACGCGACGCCGAUCCUGCGCGAUGAUGUCAUCGAGAUCCUCAAGCUGCCCGAACUCAGCGCCCGCGUCGCCGUGAGCGAGAUGCGUGAAAAGUACGAAGAGUGGCCCGAGGACGAGCCCGAGUCGGAGAGCUGGUGGUACCGCUGCUGUUGCCGCUGCGAUCGACUGCCCACCGUGCUCGGACGGCUCUUUGGCGGCCCCACGUACGCUGUUGUCAGCACCGAUGACAAGAAGAAGAAGAAGAGCAAGAAGGGCAAGAAGAAGGGCAAGAAGCGCAACAAGGACGACGACACGGACAGCGACAGCAGCGACACGGAGACGGAAGAAACAGGGCUCCUCGCGGCGCGCGACGACGACUAAGUGGCUCUAUUUACUACAAAAUUCG